GUCAACCCGGAUGGCGGCUUCGACAAAUUUCAACUCCUGACUCCGUUGAACGAGUUUAACAUGAUGUCUGAGUUUCCCGCCGUGCCUCCCGUCACUGUGGUGUCGUCAGCUACACUUUUGUCCAAAUCUGUGUCCAGUGGGGAAGUGUCUCAGGAUGAGCGAGAAGCUGCCGUCUUCUCACCUGAAUUUUACGAGGCUGCGCGGCAUAUCAAAAUGCGGAAAGAGCUGACGAAGCUGGAGCUAGAGGUGGAGCUACUGAAGGAGGAGAAGAAAAACGCAGACGUCACACAUCCUUUCUACUUGGCUGGCAGGCUGCAGGCGCUGCAGAGAUUUUGCACUCACCUGCGAGACGUCCUCAAGGCCCGGGAGCUUCUGGCCGGGCAGCUGGCCAGGCCCGUGUGCCACGAAAACCUGCCCGUACCGGCCCAACUGCACAGCUACGUGGUUGAGACGACCCACAUGGCCAUGGAAUUUGUGGAGACUCUGGAUGAAAAGAGAAGCACCAUCAGCAAAAGUGGCCACGUUGCAUGUGACUUGGAUCAGCUGGACUCAUCGGUCAUGCAGCUCACAGCGCAGUCCUGGGAGGUUGCGACGUUGGCCAAUCGCCGCCCUUGAUCCAAUUUUAGUGACUGCUCAUCUCAUUCUUUGUCUUUCACGUAUCCUUUUGUCUUUUGUUUGAAUGCGACUCAUAAAUUCACAGCACGGUAUAUGGCACUGAAACAUGAUUCGAUGCCAGCCUUCCUAGUUCAAAUCAAUUAGAUGUCUAUCGCUGUCUAUGACAUUUAAUAACUCACAGAAUAGGGAUUAUGGAUUGGACGUCUAGCGCAGUCAAUGGAGGCCAAAGAGUAAACGGCAGAUGCUUUCUCAUUGAUCAGUCAUGUUAAUGCCGGGACUUUUUUUUUUUUUUUUAAUAAAUGAAAAAUCAUUGGAAUUUUGGUGUGUAUAUAUACCAAAAAAAAAAAGUGAGAAAAUCAAAGUUUGUUAUCCGGCUGUUGAAUCGGCACAGUGCAAAAUGUGUCACUUGAGGGUGGCCAGAUCUUUCUCCAGACUUUGAGCGAAGCGGUGGUUGAGAAAGAGGAGCUGGCCGUGAGGAAGAAGGCGACUCAGCAGGAUGUCAACUCGGCUGCUCUUCAGCAGCACCUGCAAAACACACACACAAAUAAAUACAAAUCAGCUAUUCAUAGUAGAGGUGGGAACAUCUGGGUACCUAGCGAUAAUAACCUGUUUUGAGAUUAUCAGUAGUAGACGCCCAAUCCCACUUCAAAUGGACUGGACAUCGGUGCCAGGCAACAAGUUAUUUUUGGGGCAUUUCACAUAAUUUCCUGUUGAUUUUCGGUCACUUCCAUUUGGGGUAUUUACGGGUCCCUUCCUGUGAAUUUUGGGUUACUGUAAAAGGAAGUGACUCAAGAAUGUCCCCAAAAGUGCCUCAAAAUGAACAGGGACUAAUGUGUAAAUGUUGUAAAAUGAAUAGUAAGCGACCUGUAAAUGCUGACAAAAGACUAGCUGUGUUUUCAACCUUUUUAGAGUCAAGGCACGUUUUUAAAUUUUGGGGAAAAAAAUCUUGUGACUCACCACAAACUAAAAAUGUUCUACAAUUACUUUUUGUACAGAAUAAAUAUAAUAUACUUUCUCAAUUUUUAUACUUAGUGUGUUAUUUGAUGCAACAUGAAACAUAAUGGAAAAGGUUUCGUCUCAUCCCUGGUGAAAGUAAAUCCGAAUGAAACAUAGCUUUCACUGUAUUGGCUUGCCUUUAAGGUCUCAGUCUUCGCUGUAUUUUUUUUUUUUUAACCAUGACUCAUACUAGGGAUUUCAUCUGGGUCAGAAUAUUGUCCAGGGCUCAGUUUGGAUUUCAAAGUUGUCUUUUUUAAAACCUAUCCAUGACUGCCACCACGACUUCCAUGUGUAUCACAAUUAGGCCUGAACGUAACAGAAAAAAAUAUUGCUGCGAUUUUUGGGGGGGUUUGCGAUAUAUUGCGAUAUUAUAUUGCGAGAUUGAAAAAUUUAUAUCAAUAUUUUUUUAAAGAAAUAUAUUUUUUUAUUUAAAGAUUUUUUUACUAGAUGACUUGAAUAGUUGUUUGGAAAGAGUUUGGAUGAUUCACCAUGCCCGCAGUGUACAGUAUUCCAUCGUUUUUCACGGCUAAUAGAGACCAGAACCUGGUGCGAUAAGUGGAAAAAAUGUGAAGUAGCCCCCCCAAAACACACAAAUUUUUUGGGGUGUGUGUGUGCUCAAUGUAUUUAUUCAAAUUUAGCAUUAGAAAGAGAUACAUAUAAGACAUGUUUUUUCUCACUUUUUUUCCCCAAAGUAUGUGGGUGGCAUGGCUCAGUGGUUGGAGUAGUUGUCCCCCAACCCAGAGGUUGUGCGUUUGAUUCUCCGCCCUGAUGAACUUGCCUAAGUAUGCUUGAGCAAGAUACUGAACCGUAGAACUCUCAUCUUUACAAUGAUAUCAAUCUUUUAGUACAAGUGUAACACCAUUUACCAUUUAAAAAAAAUUAUAUAUGUUUUUUAAGCACUUCAAAUGUAAUAAUUAUGAUCUGUUUUAAACAUAACUGUCCAACACAAUCAUUUUUAAACAAGAAUAAAGUACUGUAGUUGAAGAAUGCUUGGCUUUAUUAAAUGCUUCUGUUUACCUAACUUGGCUGUGACUCUUGGAGUGACAUGUAGAAAUUACAAACUCCUCAUGAUCACUUCUGGCAUUUAUUUUAUGUCUCGAACCCCCCACAGACACACACAUAAAUUCCAGCCCGCGCUUCCUGCAGAAACUGUUUAACAAGUUAAACGAUGAUUGACACAUUGCUGCCUUAGUGAAGUCCGAUUCCUUGGCAAGAUCAAAGACAUCGUUAACUUUAAUCAGCAAGUGCCACAGUGACAGAGCUGGGAGAGGGAGUUAGGGAGGCUGUGCAAGCGAAUGAAGCAGAACAAAGGUUUGUGGAUUGAAAAAAAAAAAAAAAAAACUAUCGCACGUCCUUGCGAUGGGACUACCAUGCAUGCGCACAUCGCGAUGGCGAUGUUUAAAUGAUAUAUCGUUCAGGCUUAAUCACAAUGAAGGUAGUUGGUCGCGUGCGAGGUAAUUGGUUGUUUUGCGUUCAAGAACUGCUCGGAAUUGUGGCAUUCAGCAACCUUGCUGUCCGCGAGAAUGUGGAUCUCAGCACGUCUACUCUAUAUCAUUUGAUUAGACUCGUCAAUCUCGAUAUACACGAAAGUAUGCUUUCCAUUUUUUCUAUAUGUGAUGACUGUCCAACACAGCAAGGUGGCUGAUGGCUAGGAAUCUGAGCAGUUCUUGAACGGGACACGUGGAAAGCGAUAUUGGACCAUUUCUCUCGGCAAACCUGACGAUCUGUCUCGGCACACAGUUUGAAAAACGAUGAGCUAGACGUCCAAUCUAGUAGUCAAAAUGAAUUGGAUGUGGACCGCCGUCAAUGGCAGCUAACGUGCUAAUGUGAACUAUUCUAAUUGAAGAUUUUGGGAGCAACCUGGAAACACUCCGGUAUCCCAUUUUGUAUUCCCAUUUAAUGUUUUUUUGAGAGUGCAAUCUUGGCAAGUCAAUAAAUGUUAUUGCAAGCAUAAACACUUUUUCCUUUAUUUUAAGUCUCCUAAAAUGUAUUCUGCAACACAUUAAAUGUUUGUAAUCAGAUUAGGGCUGCAGUUAUCGAAUAUUUUACUAAAUAAGUAAUCGAAUAAAACAUUUUUUAGGUAAUGAGCAAUUAUAAAUGAGAAAACUAGACGUUUCACCUAAUAUUGAACCAUUUAUUUUAGAUGUACUGUACAUUGGUGAAAACUGCAUCUCAGAUAUGACU